AUGGCUUUGCAGAGCACUCUGGAAGCAGUGUGGCUGGGUCUCCUCCUCAGCUCUCACUGGAAGGUUGCAGAGAGCAAGGACCAAGUAUUUCAGCCUUCCACUGUGGUCUCUUUGGAGGGAGCUGUGGCAGAAAUUUCCUGUAAUCACUCUAUAUCCAAUGUUUAUGGCUUCUUCUGGUACCUUCACUUCCCAGGAUUUGCACCAAGACUCCUCAUUAAGGGCUCACGGCCUUCUCAACAGGGACGCUACAACAUGACAUACAAGAGGUUCUCUUUAUCACUGCUCAUCCUCCAGGUGCAGACGGCAGAUGCAGGGGUUUAUUAUUGUGCUCUGAGGUACACAGAAGCAGGGAAUCCAUGA